AACUAAUUUAAUUGGGGGAGAAGUGUUAGUAAUCGCUUUAAAGUGGCUCUCAAAGGUGAAACAAGCAGUUGCACCAUGUGGUCCAAUGCUCUGUGCACACUGGGCGUGACAAAGCCACUCUGCAGUUGCCUAAGCAUCAGACAAGUGGCGGCCGCAGCAGCCGCCGCUGCGGCAGCCAACCAAAACGCUGGCGCAGCCAUCACCACAGGACCGACGGCCGCAACAAAUGCAGCUGGGGAGUCUCGCGGCAAGCGACCACUGAAAAUUUGGGAUAGUUGGCGGAAUGUGCGCAAGGGCGUCGUAGUGGGUACAUUUGAGGAGCUAUUGGUGCGUGGCAAGGACAAAUUGGGGGUUCCUGCUUCAGAGCCCGUGCGCGUUGUUCUGGAGUGUGAUGGAACCCAAAUCGAGGAUGGCGAAUACUUUCGCACCCUGGCCAACAAUACGGUUCUGUUGCUGUUGAGGCAAGGCGAACGAUGGUAUCCAACCGGCGUGGAUGUCAUAAAGGCUGCUAUAUCAGCUAUACCGAAAAUCGUCUGUGAGACGAUCCAUGCCUUGGAACUGCACGAUGAGACACCAUCUUGGAAGAUUAUGGAUAAUAAAGGGCGUGUCACGGUCGUAUUGCACUGGGAUCAGCGCCAGGGCGGCGGAGGAGGAGGCGGAGGUGGCGGAGGAGGUGGUGGUGGUGGAGGAGGAGGUAUGUGUAUGGGCCCCGGCCUGGGCAGCAGCAAUGGACUGUUGUCAUCCGACAAGUAUUCACCCUCGAAGAAGGGCCUCUCAGCACAAAGUUCGCUGGAUAACAAAUCGGUGUCGUCGCAGUCGUCACAGCCGCGAUACGCCAGCCCACAAAUAACGGUCAUCAGCGAUGAGGGACCGGCUAGUAUUUACCAUCCGGGUGGCGUUGUCCUGCCACCGGGCGUUGUGAUACCUGGCAGUAGCAGUCGUCGGCUCUCGAAGCAGGGCGGCUCCUUCGAUAGCGCCGUGGGCGCCGUGCAUGUGCAUACGCCCGAGUGUGCACAUCAUGCGCACACGCCCAGCCGGGCGGGCAGCCCGAGCACCACGGAAUGCGAUUUCCAUUGCUGUGCGCUGCACGAAGAGGGGCGCAAGAUAGCCGUGCACAAGAGCGUGGCCACGUCGCCCAUACAGGACGGCAGCAGCAGUCCGCAGCCGCAGCUGCAGCAGCAGCAUCAUCAGGCGACGCUGGCAAUGUCGUCAUCGGUUAUGGAUCCUAUGCUAGGCGGCAGUGGCAGCAUGCAGCGCCGCUCAUCCGGCGCCAAGGGUCAUGUUCGCUUCCUCGACAUUGCACCCGAGCGCGAUAGUUCAGAAAGCGAGACGGAGAACACAGUGAUGGAGGAUGAUAAGACGACGACGGAGAAGUUUCUGCUGCUCAUUGAUCAGCUAUCUGUCGAUCAGAAGCGCCAUCUCAGCAUCAAGGACAUCGGCAUCAUACUGGAGCGCCUCAACUCCAAGAUACUCGACGUGGAGCGUCUGGAUCGCGAGUCGGAGUCAGAUGAUUGCUACAACUGGACGAUAAAGGCGACAAUACGCGGCGAUGCGCUGCGCGAACUGGGCGUCAUCUAUAAUGGCAACUACUAUGCCAUUUCCGAGCAUCCUGGCUACAAGGAGGAGCUCGAGGAAAACGGCGAGGAGGUCGAAGAGGAAGACGAGGAGGAUAGAAUUUAAAGCAAAACAAAUAAAAAUUAAUACAUAAAUCACCAAAUGGUGGCAAAUGGAGAAAAGUAAUCGAAGUAAAGAAUGCAAGAGGUAUCAAUAAUUAGCGCAUUUUAGACAGGGCCGGACGCACAACAGUGCCCCGCCCUCCCCCCACGCAGAUACAAACAUAAAUUCACAUACACACACACACACACACACACACACACUUAC